GGGGAAUGGAUUGGGACGGGCCACGUGCUGAAGGCGACGUGCCUGGAGGAGAAGAAAUCGUGCCUGGAUGUUGUUGUCAAGCUGUGUUUUCUAAUUGGCCUGCACACGAGCUUGUGGACCAUUGGAUCGUGAUCGGAUGGCUCAUAUCUCUCCAUCCCCUUCGUCCUGACGCUGCCGCCCGACCUCGCCGAGCCUGCGCCCCACCGGCCACCGCUCCUACUUCUUCCCGGCGCAUCGGCCUCCAUCCUUCUUCCCCCUAGGUAUCCGUUCCCCUCGCGUUCCAUUUCUUCGAUCCGCCGCAUCGGCUCUCGCCGUUCGGCGGUCCUGUCAUCACCGAUUCUCCGCUCCCUGCCCUCCAUUCCUCCAAAAUCUCCAGGUACCUAGAAACCUCCCACCACCACCCGAACCCCAGUCCCACACCGUGACACCAACCUUAAAACUCCCUGGGGGCGGCGGCGUAAAUGAAGUUGGUCGGAGAGUACAAGUUUGAUGGGUUUGUUAUGGACUUAUGGUGACCCCGUCACCACAGCAGCAGUAGACUAAGCUUAAUGAGUGAAAGUCAAUGCUGCUAUAUUUCCAGUUGUUCAAAAGCAGCACCAGCUUCUUGUCACUUUGCUGUUGUGUAAUGCUUGCGCCAUGGAGGCUCUCCCUAUAUUCCUUGACAGGAUUUUCAAUCCUGUUCUUGCUGUUGUCUUGUCAGUGACAUUUGUUCUUGCUUUUGGAGAGGUUAUACCACAAGCAAUAUGUACUAGGUAUGGGCUCGCGGUAGGUGCUAGCUUUGUAUGGCUUGUACGCAUCCUCAUGAUCAUCACCUAUCCUAUUUCAUACCCUAUUGGGAAGCUACUAGACUGUGCUCUUGGGCAUGAUGAAUCUGCGUAUUUCCGGCGAGCUCAAUUGAAAGCUCUUGUUUCUAUCCAUGGCAAAGAGGCUGGUAAGGGUGGAGAGCUUACUCACGAUGAGACUACAAUCAUAAGUGGAGCGUUGGACUUGACAGAAAAGACCGCCGAAGAAGCUAUGACACCUAUUGAAUCAACUUUUUCAUUAGAUGUGGACUCCAAGUUGGAUUGGGAAGCAAUUGGUAAAAUUCUUGCCCGGGGCCACAGCCGUGUGCCUGUGUAUUCAGGAAAUCCUAGAAAUGUUAUUGGUCUCCUGUUGGUGAAAAGUCUUCUGACAGUUCGUGCUGAAAUAGAGACGCCAGUCAGUGCUGUUUCCAUUAGAAGGAUUCCCAGGGUUCCUGCCGACAUGCCUUUGUAUGAUAUACUGAACGAGUUUCAGAAAGGAGGUAGCCAUAUGGCUGCUGUUGUGAAGGCAAAACCCAAAAAUGCACCAGCUCCUGAUAAAACUGAACCAUAUAUGGAGGCAGCUGCCUCAACAAACCUGAAUGCACCCUUACUAUCCAAUACUGAAGAAAGGGCGGAUAUUGUGAUUGUUGAUACUGAAAGACAACAUAACACGCGGUCAAACACAGUGGCUAGCAUAUCAGAAGAUAUAGAUGAUAGUCCAGUCAUUGGAAUCAUCACACUCGAAGACGUAUUUGAAGAACUCUUGCAGGAGGAGAUAGUUGAUGAGACGGAUGAAUAUGUUGAUGUUCAUAAAAGGAUCCGAGUCGCUGCUGCAGUUGCCGCAUCGGCAGUUUUAAGGGCUCCAUCUUACCGGAAAUUAAUCAAUCAAAAGGCUGCAGGGACGCUUGGUCAACCAGAACAGCCUACUGGAAUUCUGAAGAAACCUACUGGUGAUUCAAAUCCGUCAAAACAUAAAGUGAUCCUUGUUGAGCGUCAUCUAUAAAACGGGAGGUGAUUUUAGAUGCACAUCAAUACAGCGGCGGAACACAUGUUCCAAAUGGGAUUUUUUUGCCAUUCUCUUCCGCAAGCAAUAAUAGAACUCGCUUUGUAAAUUUCAACUGGCGCUAUGUGAUUCCCUUGUCAUGAGCUUUUGAAUCUGUUCAGCACUGCAAUAGUGACAACCAGUUUUGCUUGGGAAUCAUAAACUUGGAAUGACAGUGGAUGGUAACAUGUGAAUAACAUACGGGAACAUUCAACCGUACAAAUAGCACGUCUGUACGGUACAGAGGCUGAGAUAGUUGCAUUCUGUUUGAACUCUUA